GUGAAGCAAUAACUAUAGUUUUAGAUCUGGGGGUGACACGGCCUCUCAGCAUCACUCAGUCAGCCGCUGUUGCCUCGACGUGCCGGUGCCACCAUGACGCACAUAGCUCCUCUUGUCAUUUUAACAUCAUUCCUGGUGUGGACUGCUGCAGACGCCUCGGUCCUGUGUGUCUGGACUAAAGUUUUGCCCAACGACGAUGUGCACUACAGCUUUCUCCAGCAGGGCUCUCCAUCUCUGCGUCUCUACCACAGCGCCUGGUCCGGGGGGCGCACUCUGCUCAGCUGCGCCUGGAGCGACGACGCAUCGGUGAUCCAGAAAUAUUUCUCUCUGUGUCAGGAGCGCACGCAGGACUUCACGGAUCACCCGGACCAAAAUUUGGAUUUAAACUCCGUUCUCGGGGCUGAGGAUCAGUGCGUCUCUCUGGACUCUCCAGGAGUGGAGGAGCUCGGGUGGCACGAAGUGAGAAGGCUGGCGAGGAGCGCUGGUGGUCAGAGUAGUCAGGGUCAAGAUGAGAGGUCAGAGGUCAGGACCCAUCUUCGUGUAAAGCGCGGUUUCAUUGUACCCGGGACUCUCUGGUGCGGCUCUGGCAACAAAGCGCUAUCAUAUGCAGAUUUAGGGAUUUUUGCAGACACAGACAGCUGCUGCCGGGAACACGACCACUGCAAACACACCAUCCUGUCCUUUCACUCACAGUUUGGUGUUUUUAACCGCAACAUUUUUACCAUGUCUCACUGUGACUGUGACAACACGUUUCGCAGUUGUCUGAGGGGGGCGAAUGACAGCAUAUCUGAUGUGGUGGGAUACACCUUCUUUAACCUGCUGAAGAUGCACUGCUUCGAGUUCUCCCACCAACUCCAGUGUACACAGAGAAACUGGUUUGGAAUGUGUAAAGAGACUAAAAUGGCUCUGUAUGCCGAGGUUUAUCCACCCACACUGUACGAGUCCACCAAUCCAACAGAGUCUGACGUGAACAGCACAAGCUCCAUCAUCAACACCACCACACAUUCAGAAAUUCCGAAUAGCAGCACAACAGACCCACAGCUUUUCUCCAUCACCGAUGCUGCGUCUACAGUCCCUACACCUUCAACGAGCUCACCCUCCGCCUCCAUCUCUCCUUUAACCAAUGUUACCACCUCCACAGUCACAAACAAAUCAGAGACACCCAGAGGAUCUGUACCUGAGAGUAGAGACGAUCUGGAGCGGACGCCACCCAUCUUAAACCCAGCUGUGACUGACCUGGACGCUGAUAUCACAGGGUUGCAACUGUCAUGUGGAAUCUAUAAGGAUCUUGAUGAGUGCAGGCAAAAGAUCCAUCCCCAGCAGAUGAGAUAUGGCCUCCACAACCUAGAGCCCAGGUCACUGUACCACUGCAACUGCACCAGCAGAUUAUUCCAGACUUUGGUUAAACAGAGAAAACUGACUGAAGUACAUGGUCUUCUGCUUGGACACGUGUCUCAAUCUUGCUUCCUACCACAGGACUGCACAACAGGCAAAAUCUGUACAGCAGUUCUGGUGAGGGCAGAUCUUCCUCAGCUGGACCAGACCAGCACAGCAGAGGUGGAAGAGAAGCGCCAUCUACUGGCAGUAAGACUGAAGAUCAGGAGGCCAAACACCAGGAGAGCUAAAAGAAAAGACCAAGCUGUCAAGCUCCACAAACUGUGUCUGCGGAUGACUCGGCCCAAACAAAUGAACAAGACCAGAAAACAUGGUCAACGUGCUCAAUGGCCAGCUGCAAGAGGAGAACAGCUUGUCUGAAAGUGACUAUUAUGGAGACCCAAAACAUAAGACAUCUAAUCAUAAAUAACCAUAUAAAUGAAUACGGACAAAAUAUACCUAUAACCAUGAAACUUUAUUGCAGGUCAUUUUAUUUUGUUACAGCACACAUUUCAACAUUUAUCUCCCCCAAAGUCUGUUUUAUCUCACAAGAACCUCUUCUUCAUCCAAGUUUUACUUUAUGAUGUCACUUCUGUCAAUGAAAAACAAAUGGGGCUGAGCCAGUUAUGCGAUUGGCUGUUGUUAUGGUCUGAACGACUGGCUAGAUAUUGUUGAUUUCAUUUGAUAUGAUUCAAUCAACAAAACACAGCAUUUCAAUGGGUAAUAAGUUAAAAUGUGGGCAUUUAUUUUCCAACUUGCUCCCAAGAUUUUAAUACAAAACACAUGAACAGACUUUGGAAGAGGUUAUAAAUCAAGUAAAGAAAGACUGUUGGAUAGAACAUUUCUUCUUACUAACUCUAUUGCAGUGAAAAGCAGGUGGAUGAAAUAUUUCUUCAUAAUGAUGAGCUGAGUUAUAAUGAUGAUUUCACAAUUUCAUGGUUAUAGGACAUGUUUGAUCUAAACAUGUGAUUAUUUAUUUUAUAAUCCAUAGAUCCAUUUACUGUACCGCUUAUCCUUAAGGGGCACAUGUGGAUUCUGGAGCUAUUCCCAGCUGUCACUGCGCGAGACACCUGGUACAUCCUGGACAGAUUGAGUGCCGACAUAACGAGACAAACCACCAUUCACACACAUUCACACCAAAGGCUAAUCAACCUACGUGUCUUUGUACCUGGAGGAAACCCACACGGGCAGAGGGAGAACAUACCAACUCCACACAGGAAUGGCCUCGUUAACGUCUCAUUCAUUUAUCGAUGAACAAUUUGGGUCCCCUUUAAAUCAAACCUACCGACUUCUACAAUAAAAGAUACAACUUUUCCUAAA